AUGGCGAGAACACGCUCCAAAGGCGCCGCAGGAACGGCCGACGCGUCCGACAAGAAGAGCGCAGCCGCCGCCAAAUCAUCCCCUUCAGUCUACGUCCUCCCCGCCGAGUCCUCCAACCCGCCGAAGCUCUUCGUGCUGCCCAAGACAGCCACAUCCUCUGCGCGCAUCGUCACACUGCACCACCCGCGCUACAGCCGACCAGCCCGCUUCCUCGUCUGCCCGGAAGCAGGCUUCUUCGAGUUCACCAGCAUCGCCCCGCCCAAGUCCGCCCCGCGCAGCUGGCUCAUCCAGCCCACCACCACCACCGUCACCUCUACUACUACUACUUCCGAUGCCAACCCGCCCUCCCUCAUCAAUUCACAAAUCACCCAAUCCCCCGCCCUGCACCUCGCCACCCCCUUCGACCCGCUCUUCCUCCUGCUCCCCGCCCUCUUCAGCAGCAGCAGCAGCAGCAGCAGCAGCCAAAACGACGACGACGACCGGAAACCCACCCCGAAACAAAAACGCAUGUUCCUCUCGCCAGACGACCACCUCGACGCGCUCCCGGACCCGGCCGGCCACCUCGCUGCGCUGCUGUCCGACUGCCCGCCCGCGCGCCGCCUGCUCGGCGCGCGCCUCGCGGCCGUGUGCGACGCCGUGCGCGCCGGCGACGAGGACAUGUACCGCGUCAGCGAGGGCAAGGUGCUGCGGGAGGUGUGGGGGAAGGCGCGGCGGAUGGUAGUGGGGGAUGGGGAUGGCGCUGGGGGGUUGCCGGGGAGCAUGGAGGAGCGGUUCGUGCGGCGCGAGUUGGAGGCCCCCGUUGUCGGGGUGAGGGUUUCGCGGGCGGCGGUGGUGGGGGGAGGUGGGGUGGGGGAUGGUGGCAGGAGUGGCAGCGGGAGUGGGAGUGAGGCCGCCGCCGCGCGAUCGACGGACUUCUCACGGAAGAGGGCAACGGACGAGGAGGAAGACGAGCGCGCCGAGAAGAGGCGGAAGAAGGAGGCCGAGGAGAAGGCCAAGAAGGCGAACAUGAGCAGGGGUGUCAGAGAGCUGAUGAAGGUCAACACGUCUGGGAUGAAGAAGAUGAGUGACUUCUUCAAGAAGAAGACGUAG